AUGGCAACCUCCAUCCUCGACAUUCAGCGGAAUAUCAUACUAGGCACGAUUCGGGCUACCAGUGGCAGAGAUUGGAAAGUCUUGAUUUUGGAUGAGCAAAGCAAACGAAUUGUGUACAACGUGUGCAAAGAGGAUGACAUACUCAACGCCAACAUAACCAAUAUCGAACUUCUCGAAGACCGCAGGCAGAGCCUCCCCGACACCGAUGCGAUUUACCUCCUUUCCCCUCUACCACACAUAGUCGAAAGCCUCAAGGCUGAUCUCAGCCGAAAGAGGUACCGCCGUGCUCACCUCAUCUGGACCUCCCAACUACCCAGGAAUCAUGGAGAAGAGCUGUUCCGCUCAGAGUCUCGAGCACAGUCGAUUGUCGAAUCUCGAACGUUGAACGUCGAGUAUUUUCCGCGAGAAUGCAACCUCGUCACAUUUCGCGAACCAUGGAGUUUUCAUGUGCUCUUUCACCCGGCUUGCGACUCGUUGGUUAAGGACCACUUGGACAGCGUGACCCAGAAACUCGUGUCUAUGUGCGUGUCUCUAGGCGAAUACCCUCUUAUCAGAUUCUACAAGCCUAGGGAGCAUCAAAGACACGCUGCUGAUGUCCUAUGCUACCAUCUCGCCAGCUUUGUCCAGAGUGCGUUGGACGACUAUGCCCGUGAUCCUCAGAACGAUUUUCCCCCCCAGAACCCUGGUAAUCGGCCUCGAGCGGUUCUACUGAUCACAGACAGAUCCAUGGAUCUGAUGUCUCCCUUUGUCCAUGAGUUGACAUAUCAGGCCAUGGCAAUGGAUCUCUUACCGAUUCGAGACGAUGAGGACAAGAUAACAUACAGAAACAUUAUUAGGCGAGGUCAACCCGAUCAGGAAGAAAAAGAUGUGGAGAUUACAGAGAAAGAUAACCUCUGGGUUGUUCACCGACACAUGCACAUGAAAGAUCUCCUGGUCAAGUUGAGCGAGGAAUUCAGGAAAUUCCAAGCCAAAAACCCCCAAUUUGCUGACAACGAUGGACAACCGGCGAGUAUCAACACCAUCAAGGACAUGUUAGCGGGACUCCCAGAAUUCCAGGAAGGUAAAGAAGCCUUUUCACUCCAUAUUGACAUGGCCGAGAAAUGCGCCAAAAUCUUUGCAGACCACAAACUCCUGGAGGUUGUUUCAGUCGAGCAAUCUCUUGCCACAGGGCUCGACGAGGAGAACAAGAAACCGAAGAAUCUAGCAGAUCAGGUUGUCAGACUGCUUGACGAUGACAGUGUCGUCCAUGAAGAUCGAGUUCGACUUUUGAUUUUAUACAUCUUGUACAAGAAUGGCAUUUUGAGGGGAGACAUCGAAAAGCUGCGUUGUCACGGCGAACUCUCACCGAUGGAUGGGGAAAUCAUUUAUAACCUGAUAACUCUUGGAGCAAGGGUUGAAAAGCAGUUGAAAGAUGUGACGCCUACUCCGACGCCGUUGUUCCCACCCAAGAUCAGAGAUGUCAGCAACAUGGAGGAAGUGAGUCUGUCACGAUUUGAGCCAGCGCUGAGGUAUAUGCUCGAAGAACAAUGCCAGGGUACAUUGGAUCUUAAUGUAUUCCCUCCUGUCAAGCCACACCUCAAUGACCCAAACAGCCAAAUGAGUGUCUCUCAGACUUCUCUCCGAAAUACAGGCAAGCCUACAUGGGCUCAAACGCGCUCUCAAUCCAACAAACCGCGCCAACGCAUCAUUGUGUUCGUUGCUGGCGGCGCGACCUAUGCCGAAGCACGAGCCUGCUAUGAAGUCUCUCAGAUGGCUAGCAAAGAAGUUUUCCUCGCAACAACCCACAUGAUAACACCGAAAAACUUCUUGCGGCAAGUCAGUCAACUCAGUGCUGGGCGACGGCAGCUUGACCUGCCAAUGGAUCGAGCCGCCCCCCGGCUACCAGCAUGGAUGACAGAGCCUCCCCCACAGGCUCAGCAACAACAAAGACCUCAGCAACCUGCAAACGGCAGACCACCCGAAAAGGUUCGGCCGCCGACUGACGCGAUGGCAAACAUGAAUCUUGGUGGCAGAGGACCACAGAACGGGACACGACCUGGUGUGGGGACAGGUCCCCCGUACUCAAAACCAUCCCAACCUUACCAGUCGCCGUCUGGUGAUAGUGGCCAGCACAAGUUGAAGAAAGAUAAGGAGAAGAAACACCUCGGAUUUUUCAAGAAGCACUAG